CAAUUUGUGUUUUGCUAUUUGUUCGGGUCGGUUUCUCUUGCAUUUUAUUGUUUCUUUGCAAUAAUCUCCUUGCAAUAAUGUUUACCGCUAAGAACAAUGUACGAACAUAAAGUGUUUUUAGAAACCAUAAUUUUAAAAGUUAUUCGUUUCAAGAACAGCUAUACAAGAGUUGCGUAGGAUUGUGCCUCGAAAUUGGAUUAGUUUUGAACCGUAAAUAAAUAUACAACUCAAGUGCGGGUCGCAUGGUCCGGCGCGUGUGUGCGGCGGGCGCGGCAUGGCGGGCGGCUGCGCGUGGUCGCGGCGCGUGGCGGUGCGCCAGCGCACGCUGCGCGGGCUCGUGCGCGACACGCAGCGCGCGCUGCAUGACGUCACCGACAUACUGCACUGCGAGCCAGAGAUAUCGAUAGCGGUGCAAGAGUUGGGCAACUUAGCGACGCGGUGCACGGCUCUGGUUAUACUGGGCAGCAGCGCGGCGGCACGGGCGCGGCUGCUGCACUGUCUGCUGGGACGACCACUGCUGCCUGACCCGCCGCCACGCGGUUGUCGAUGGUUACGGAUCCAGUACGGCAGCAGCACACAAGUGCACUUGACGCUCGGCAACUCCGAGUUCGAGCUGGUUGAGGAGCUUGAGUGUAACAAGAGGCCUUGGAAUACCAUCCCCGUUGAGGAUCUAGUUCGACAAGACCAGACCGACCUCGCAACGAUGCUGGAGAUAGAACUUAACAAUGUGUUCCUCAAAGACGGCCUCAAGAUCAUAGUUCCACCAGACCUAGAGUGCGACCCCGGACCUGUUUCCUACUCCACGUUAAAGCAACUACAUUCCGAACUUUACUCUAAAAGAGGGAUAAUACUAAAGAAUUUCAACCCCGUGUAUUUGUACGCUGUAGAUAGGAUAGGGAAAAGUGUGUUCAGUGAGAGUAUAGCCUGUGAUCGUAUGGUAAGCUCUAAGAGCGAAGAGGAGUUUUGGACGAUGUUUAAUUUGUACAAUAUGGCACGCGCGGCGGGUUGUGCGAGAGAGAAGGAAGAGAGCGGUGACGCGAGGGAGCUAGGGGGAAGUGAGCGUUGGAAGGAAACCAGCUGUGGGCCCAGUGUGUUCACUUCGGAGAACUGUCUAGAUCUCCAUCAAAUAAAGGAGAUCAACCCGAAGGCGCAAGUGUUCUUCGUUCUCUUCUCGAACAGCAGGGAGAUGGAGAGAGAAGAGACUAGAAGAGAGAGUGUGAGACUGCCUGUGGAGGCGACCGAGUCCACUGAGGACACCGUGUUCAGGACUGAAGACCUGCCCGAGUCUGAUCAGGAGCUAGUCAAAGAUGGUGUGCUAAGGCAUGCGCAGGAGUCUUCAGAGCAGUACAAGAAGGACGAGCGGAGACGACACGAGGAGCAGAUCGCGUUCAUGAACGAUCUGUUGGACCAGUGGGAGCUCAUGUCCAGUCCUCCUCAGAAGCACUUCGUGAAAAGUCAAUGGACGAUAGUAGAUGACGUCACAGUUCUGGCGUCUGUCUCUGCUGCGAGCGCGACUGACGUCGGGAAGCAGAGCAAGAGAGACGACGACCGCCGCGUGGCCAAUCGUACCACGUUUCUCAGCCAAGUGGUGAAGUUCGCUACCGACUGCUGCCAGAGCUACUUGCUGGAAUACUGUACCAAGUUGAGCGAGAUCCACGUAAAGUUGCUCCAGCAGCUGAUACUAGCGUCGUUCGACAUGGCGCGCGAGUUACAGCUCGUGCCCAAGAAGAUACAGUACGUCGCCACACAGGAGCAACAACUAUACGAGACGAUAAACGAGAAGUUCUCUGAAGGUGACAAGAAGCAGGAGCUGCUGCAGAUCAUGCAGCAGGUGCUGGUUGAGAUGCGGGCGGAGAUCAACAACAUGGACUGGAGUGUUGAUGAUUUGCCUUGCCACCAAGACCGUCGCUUCGUUAUAUCAAACUCAAUAUUCUACUCGUCAUCACGAAGUAGCCCUGAAUUGUCUUUUCAAAUAUCACGCCCGAAGAGUCAGACGACAUACCAGACAUGUGUUGCUGACCAGACGCCGUCCGACGGAGAGGAAGCAGUGUUGUAUGAAAGCUAUAACUUCGAUGAUUAUGAUAUCGUUCACUCCAACGACGAGAGCUUUAGUGUUACUGAAAGUUAUAGGCGCCAGCCGCGAGCGGACGACACGUCAUCUCUGACGUCAGCGUUCGGCGCGAUCCACGUGGAGAACGAGCCAGAUAUGCUGAGCAUGUCGGCGUCGCAGUCGCAGCUGCAGACGCAGUCACAGUCGCGGUGGCGCACUGACACGUUGGGCAGUGCCACCUCUACGUGCACUAACACGCUCAACAUCUCCGUCAAGCAGGCCUCACUCGAUGUGCAGCAAACUGUUCUGUCGAAACUAAGUCGAAAAAUAAGUCAGAAGCUAGUCAAGUUCGUCGAUUGCCUCAAAGACACCUACUUUGGUACGCUGCAAAGAUGCCUGGAGUCUCUGGAGGCGUCGUGUCGCGCGGAGCUGGGCGGGCGGCCGGCCAGCGAGGCCAUGCGCGCGCUGGUGUCGGUGGCGCGCUCCGUGGACCUGCAGCCCUGUGCCUCCUUCUCGCUGCUGCGCUCCUUGUUCGACUCACUGCGGCGGCUGUUUCACAAACUGCGGGUAGUGGGCGGCGCAACAGAGGAGGCGUGUUGUGUGCUGAGCCCAGUGUGGCGACGCGCGGCCGCGCUGCAAACCUGCGCCGAGCUCACACCGCACCGCCUGGCGCGCGUCAUAUCUACGCAGAUAUUAGAGCGUUUAAGCGUGGCGCACGAACGCUACCAGUCCGCACUCGCCUCGCUCGAGGCGGCGCUGGCGGGCCGGCUGCAUCACACCGAAGACGUCAAGCUCACUAUUAGAAAGAAGUUUGCUCCGUCGUUCGCUCGACUGUGUCUCGAAAGUACGUCCAUGUGUGACCUACUCAUGUAUGGUACGCCUGAACUAGGCAGAGAAAUUGGCCGCGGGCAGUACGGCGUGGUGUACGCGGUGCGCGGCCGCUGGGCGGGGCGGGCGCCCGCCGCCGUCAAGUCCGUGCUGCCGGCCGACGACCGCCACUACCACGAGCUCGCCAUGGAGUUCUUCUACACCAGGAGCAUCCCGCCUCACCCGCGCAUAGUGCGUCUGCACGGGUCCGUGGUGCAGCGCCACGGCGGCGCCGGGCCCUGCGUGCUGCUGGUGUCCGAGCGACGCACGCGGGACCUGCACCAGGCCGUGAGAGCCGGGCUUAGUCUGGCCAAGCGGAUGCAGGUGUCUGCUGACAUUGUUGAAGGUAUCCGCUACCUCCACUCGUUAGGGUUAGUCCACCGCGACAUCAAGAUGAAGAACGUGCUUCUGGACAGCCAUGACCGCGCCUCACUGUCUGACCUCGGCUUCUGCGCAGCCGAGGCUCUUAUAUCCGGGUCCGUAGUGGGAACACCCGUGCAUAUGGCGCCGGAACUGCUGGCGGGAGAAUAUGACGCUGCGGUCGAUGUGUACGCCUUUGGGAUACUGUUCUGGUACGUGUGUGCAGGUAAUGUCAAAUUGCCGUCCGCAUUCGAAAUGUUCCAGAACAAGGAACAACUCUGGAGCAAAGUCAAACGAGGUCUCCGGCCAGAGCGUCUCCCGCACUUCUCAGACGAGUGCUGGGAGAUCAUGGAGUCGUGCUGGGCGUCGGAGCCCGCUCAGCGCGCGCUGCUCGGCGACAUCCAGCCGCGCCUCGAGCGUCUACUGCAGCAGGCGCUGCGCGAAGACGAGGGGGACGUGGGACCACGGCCCGCCAGUGACUACGAAGUGUCUGAUGACGACAGUAUCGACAUGACGGGGCUCGACAGGAACUGCGUAUGAUAGUGCUGGUUUUGAAGUGGAAAACGAGUUGCGUUUCUGUUACUACAGCUGAGCCAGAGCGUCAGGAUUCCUUUCUUGUUGAUUCCUCUCUUCUAUAGUGUGGGUUGUGAGAUUAAUGAUCGACCUCAUUAACCACGGCGUCAGGGUUACUAUUCGGUCGCCAACCCUGACAUGGCUCUUGUAACGACUACAUACUAUAAGUAAAUUGUAGCCAAGACCGACCGCGUGCCGAAGCACGGAUCAUCUUACUUUCGGACAAUCAGGUGAUCAGCCCGCAAUGUCCUAAUCAAACUAGGAAUCACAAAGUGAUUUUGAAUCCUAUAGUACGUUAAUUAAAUUGGAAAAUCUGCGUCCGUUACUAUGACAAUUUCAAAUCCCUUCGCUUCAUCCGCUUCAAUUCUGUUGAAGGGUGUUCGUGACUUAAGAGUGAAUACAUAAGUGAUACAGGGUUGCAUUAAUAAGGGACUAUUUAAGGUGAGAUUCAGAAUCGAUUGCGAAAGUGUGAAGCGUAACUGUUUGUAGCAAACUUUUUUUUAAACUUUUGAUUUAAAGAGCUUAGUCACUACUGACUAUGUCGCAUGUAACAAGCAAAACUUUUGCUUUGCAAAGUUGUAUCGUAUUGUCUUGUUUACGAACUAACUUCGUUUAAAGUUUUAAGCAAUUUCUCAUACAUGUAUGUGUUGAAAACUACGUAAAUGUCUUUUUGAAAAAUCACUUUCGCAUGUGAUUUUUGUUAAUAAAACUUCGCAAUAGACGAGUUAGUUUCAAUCCAAGUCGCAAUUUCUGGCCUCAAUUUUUUACCGAAUUGAAAUUGAUACAAAGAAAUAGAAUUGUGAAAAAAAUCUCAUCAGAAUGUUAUUUUUCAAACAGGAGUUCACGUGGUUUUCACUAUGAUGCGACGUUAUGAGAAUAAAAUACCUAAAUUUUAUUGAAAAGUUUUAAUAAUAGCUACAUUUAUAUCGAUAGAUAUUUGAACGUUGUAAUGUUGCAAAAUGUAUGCAAUGCAAUUCAUUUAGUAAUACUUCAGUGAUAUCUUAGCCUGCUGUUUUCUCUAGUGACUUUGAGACUAAAAUUUAUCAACUGUUUGUUUUAAACUCAAAUUAUUGUAAAGUUAAAUUACUAUUAUUGUUAACUUAACAUAAAUAGCCUAAUACGCCCCACUGCUGGGCACAGCCCUAUCGAUACUCAGUCAAAAGAUUACAAGAAGAUGGUUGGAAGGUAAUUACAUAAUUUGUUGCUAACAUAAAGGAGGCUCGAACUAAAAUAUGCGUUAUAUUUUUCUUAUUCUGAAGAUAGCAUUAUGGUGCUACAUACCAUGUAAUAAGACUAAUUAUAAUAAUAGCUGACUAAAGUGUAGAUUGUGACAAAAAAUGUGUUCCCAUAAAUAUAAUAUAUAUUGCCUGUGAUUCGAUGGGGAGUGUGUGAACAAAAUUUUAUUUUAGUUGUUAUAUUAUUGUAAACAGGUCACAAUUUAUAUUAUCAGUGAGGGUCGACGAUGUGAAAUUGUAAGUUUUAAUAAGUAUGACUGUUUUGGUGAUUUUCUGCGAGUUCUUCACUAAUGAUUAUGACAGGCCCCAUUAUCGCGGUUGCUCGAACAAUUGUUUUGUAGUGAUUACAUAUCUAUCGAGUGAAGUCCU